UUCUUUCCCUCUAAUGCCCCUGCUUGCCUUGGGUCAUCAGCAGUAGUUUACCGUAAAUGCCCUUUGUAUGUGGGACCCAUCAUUUCUGUGUUUACUGUUGUUAUUUCUGUAAAAUGCCGUCUUCUUUCUCUCAUUCCAGGUCAUUCUGUCUCUCUUAUUCAUAAUCAUGGCCCUCUCACCCUUCUGCACUCAGUGUCACUGUACUCGAAGACUCACCCUCGUCAUUGUCGCGACCUCUCUCUGUCUGCAAUCCUUCUCCAAUCGACCUUCUCUUUGUGUGUGACUCCCUCACGGCCUCGCCACAUCUUCUUUGUUUUCCCUUCCUCGGCCGUCGCCGCAUUCUGUCUGCCCCAUUCUCCCUCACUCUAUACUCGAGCUCAAAGUUCGUUCGGUGAUGCACUAUAUAAAAGCUGCAGAGAGAGAUUUAGAAGAUCACGAAGGUGGUAGCGUUAGAGAGGGGUUUAGUGGAUCAGAGGCCUGACCUCGAGCUGAGGCUGAGUGUGGCUCCCUCACGGCCUCACGGCAUCUUCUUUGUUUUCGCUAAACCGGCCGUCACCGUGUUUGGUCUGCUACAUUCUCCAUCACUCCCUACUCGAGCUCAAAGAUUGUUCGGUGAUGUACUACAUAAAAGCAGUGGAGAGAGAUUUAGAAGAAGAUCACGAAUGUAGGAGCUUUAGAGACCGGUUUAGUAGAUCAGAGGCCUGACCUCAAGCUGAGGCUAAGUGUGGCACCUUUCAUUGAUUUUUGGUGAAUUUAAUCAAUUGCUGUUGUCUUUUUCUCAAUGUUCUGAACAAAUGCGGGGAAAUUGUUCCAGUAUAUGUUCUGUGAAGUUGCGACCACUCUCACUGUUUCGUGAUCCAGCUGUUCGGAAGUUAUAUGGAACGUUGAUUGAAUUUGUACAGCAGUUUACACAGCAAUUAGUGGAUUUUGAUUGUGGUGAAGGAAACCAAGAAGAUGGUGGGAGGAAGGUGGCAGGGGAAGGACAUGGGAGAAGACGUUACUCAAGACACCGAGUCAAAGAAGAGGUUGAUAACAAGAAGAAAGAGAAGAGAAAGAGGUAUUGUGGGUUUGAAUCAGAAGAUGUAGAGAGGAGAGGAAAAAUGUUAGUGCAGCAUUCACAUAAUGUAAGGGGAGAAAAGAAAACAGGAAAUGCACGGAAAAAUAAAAAUGCACGUGGAAAUUUAAAAGAUGUGACACCAGUGAGAGCCGUGUGCAGAAGUGGUCAAAAGAGGAGUGAGUACAAGUCAGCCAAAUCUGUGUUUGCUGAGGGGUCUAAACAAUUUGUACAGAAGGCAGCAGUGCGAUCGGUGGUGUUGGCUUUGCCAGCAAGGAUGAUAGGGCGAUCUGUGAGGUGUGGUCAUAGGAGAGGUCAGCUUAGUGGUGUGGUGGCAUAUCCAGCAGGCAUUGUCCAUCGAUGGAAGAGAACACCAGCAGAGAUACAUAAUGCAACUAGUAAAAAGAGUGAUAUACCACGUCUCAAAUGUCAAUCGAAAGGGCCAGCUCAUUUGCACACAGAUUUGGAGGUAGCAAUGAAAUUAUCAUUGGACAAGUUCACAGGAGACAAGGAAGGGAGGAAGAGACAGCGUGUACAUUUGAUGCAGCCAUCAAGGAAGGAGGUUUUUGAGUAUUGCACAACUAGGAAAAUGGGGAAGCGUAAAGAUGAGACUAUUGUUGAGGUUGAUGGUUAUUACUUGACAAGGAGUGAAGCCCAAAGUCUUGGACCGAGAAGAUGUGUAAAUGGCACAGUGAUAACUUUAGUGGGGCGACUGUUAAUGGAAGAGCAAAAGGUAAAACACAAUUAUAUCAAAAGACAUAUUGUGGACCCUAAUUUCUUGUUGGAGUCCAAUUUGGAGAACCUAUUACCUAGACAUGUGGGAUACAAUAUCGCAGAGUGUGAAUUGAUUUUUGCGCCUUUAAAUGUAAAUAAUCAUUGGUCAUGCUAUGUGUUGGAGCCCAAGAGAGGUAAAAUGUUUGUGUUGGACUCAUUGAAUGUCUUAAAUUCCCCUUGUGCGAGUGGUGAGAUUACACAAGGAAAUAAAUCAAAAGAUGAAUGUCGCGGAGGGCGAACAAAUCAGGAACCCACAAUUAUUCAAGUCAUGAGGGAUAAAUUUAUUUUGUUGUUGAAGAAAUUGAAAGGGGAGGCAAGCAGUCAAUUGAUUGAUUUGGAAGUCGAAGUUGUAAAGAUGGUUAGCCAGCCUGAUAUAUUUUCUUGUGGGUUAUAUGUUGUCUAUUGUUUAAGACACUGGGACAAUGAAGUUAAAGAGGAAUGGGCCGGAUUAACAGUGCCUGCUUUCACAAUUGAGCAACUCUCUGACAUGCGUGUGGAUAUUGUUAAUUGGCUUAGUACGCACCCACUUAAUAUGGUCUCUGAGAGUCUUAUGGCUUCUAUUGUUGAUGGCACAAGAGUUAGUAACCCCAAAUGUAUAACAAGUGAAGAAGAUGAUCUGUAGUUAUUGCGUGCUCAACCCGCCCUUUUUUGGACAGCUAUAACGUAUAUCGAAUGGGAACUAUACGGUCAUGACGCAAAUGAAUUGUGUAGUCGCUGGCCACUACACAGUUAAUGAUUAGCUUUAUAUUUCGGUCAUUGAUGUACUGUUGUAUUCGUGUUGAAAUUGUAUGGCUCUAUUGCAGUCAUUAAAUUCUUUUAAUAUGUUACAAAGUA